UAGAAGGAACACGAUCAAGUAUUUUUUCAAACUUUGCCGUAGCUGCAUGGCUCUCCUCACAUGCCGCAAGUUGAAAAAAUUCUAGCACAGAAUGAGGGGUUGGAGAGAGAUAAUUUACUGUAUUGAGCGCGGUAGCCACACCACAUAAAGAGAUUUGAGUCAUAUAUUUUGCCGUGUGGUGGUUGAAUGUCUUUUUCCAAACCAUUGGGAACGCAUAGUUUCUUCUCUAUCAACGACCUUGCGGUCGGAAAACACAUUAGAUAUUUAUACAAGCCAAUAGAUCCUUGCGUGGAUUUUUUUUUUUAAUUAAAAGGAAAAAAAAAGAAAGAAAAAAAAGUGACUUUUCAAAUGUUCUGGCCGCUGUUUUGUUUUCGUGACAAAAUGCGCAUGCGUACCGUUGACCCAAGAGCGCAAGCGGAAACCCCAGCUUCAGAGAAAGAAUCACCGGCAUCAGAGCACCUUGGUGUUGCCUAGGGAAGCUGGUGGCCAUGGAUGGGGCAACGAUUGCUUCUGACAUCGUCACGGCAGUGAUCGGAAAGCUGGGCUCCCGGAUCUCGGAAGAGUUUGGACUGUUGCGGCGCUUUAAAGACGACUUGGAGGAUCUGAGGUGCAUCCUGACGGCGAUUCGAGCCGUGCUCCAAGAUGCGGAGGAACGCUGCGCCAAGGAUGAAGCUUUGCGUGAUUGGCUCAAGAAGCUCAAGGAUGUUGCUUAUGAUGUUGAUGAUUUACUGGACGAAUUUGACACGGAUUCUGCGCAGCGACAGAAGGUCAAAAUGGUAUGCCGCUUUUUCUCCCACUCCAAUCCACUGAUUUUUGGUUGCAUGAUGGUUCAUAAGGUGAAAUCUCUGAGGGCAAGGUUAGAUAAGAUUGCCGAGGAGAAGAAUAAAUUCCAUUUUGCUCCAAAUAGAUGGCCGGAAAUUGAGAAGCGUGAUACGUUUUCCAUGGUUGAUGAGUCUAGAAUCGUAGGAAGAGAUGGCGAUAAAGAGAAGAUCAUGAAAUUGUUGUUGGACACGACAACUGAGGAGGAUAUAUCAGUCAUUCCCAUAGUCGGCAUGGGGGGUUUGGGGAAGACGACUCUUGCUCAAUUAGUGUUCAAUGAUGGGAGGACAAAUAGUGAGGUUUUUGACCUGCGAAUUUGGAUAUGUGUAUCUGGUGAUUUCAAUUUGAAAACCAUAGUACAACCUAUAUUAGAUGCCACUAAGGAGAAGUGUGAUAUAAACAACUUGGAAUCCAUAGCAAGUUGCCUUGCAAGAGUGUUUACCGAGAGGCGGUAUUUAUUGGUUCUAGAUGAUUGUUGGAACGAGAACCAGGAUGAGUGGGAGAAGUUGAAACUUCUGUUGAAAGAUGGCAAGAGGGGAAGUAAAAUCAUAGUGACUACACGCAGCAAAAAGGUUGCCAUGAUCAUGAAGACUGUGGAACCUUUCCAUUUGCAGGGUUUAUCGAUUGAUGACUGUUGGGAGCUGUUCAAGUGGAAGGCAUUCGAGAAGGGGGAAGAGGAGAAGUAUCCAAACUUGGUGAUAAUUGGAAUGGAGAUUGUCAAGAAAUGUGGAGGUGUGCCAUUAGCGGCGAAUGCUCUAGGAAGCUUGAUGCGGUUUAAACGAACGGAAGAUUCAUGGUUAGCUGUAAAAAAUAGUGAAAUUUGGAGAUUGGAGCAAGAAGAUAAAAUCUUACCAUCUCUAAGAUUGAGUUAUACUCAGAUGCCAUCUCCUCUGAAGCAAUGCUUUGCUUAUUGCUCCAUAUUCCCAAAACACUAUGAGAUCGACAAGGAAAAACUGAUCCAGCAAUGGAUUGCUCUUGGCUUCAUCCGAUCAAGAGAAGGACAAAGCUGGCCACUGGAGGAUAAAGGAAACGAGUAUUUCAACCAUUUAUUGUGGAUGUCUUUUCUUCAAGAGGUGGAGGAAGAUAAGAGUCUUGGAAGGACAAAGUACAGGAUGCAUCACUUGGUACAUGAUCUUGCACAGUCAGUCGCAGGAGAUGAAGUUGUAGUGCUCGAUGAAUGGACAACUGGUAUAUCUGAAGCUUGUCGCUAUGCAUCACUGACAGGAUGCAAGGGGAGGCCUGAAAUUCCAAAUGUGGUAUUAAAUAAAGUACAUGCACUCCAUCUAAGACGUUCUCCUCUGUAUAAAAAGCCCUUGUCCUCCACUAAGCAUCUACGUGCUCUAGAUUUACAUGGCAACCAGAUGAAAGAGCUGCCCAAUUCGAUUAAGAAAAUGAAACUUCUAAGGUAUCUCGAUGUUUCAUCAACAUGGAUUGAAACACUGCCCGAGUCUAUGAGCAACCUCCACAACUUGCAAUGUCUAUAUCUAUCUCAGUGUUCUUCUCUUCAGAUGCUUCCUGAAUUCAUAGGAAGGUUUGAUAACUUGCAGGUUCUGGACCUAACAGCUUGUAAAUUUCAGACAUUGCCCAAUUCUAUUGGACGACUUCAGAACCUGCAGACUUUGAACCUAUCACUGUGUCCUUAUCUUAAGUUUUUACCUCAUUCUUUUGGUAACCUUGAAAGUUUGCAAACAUUGAACCUAGAAGGAUGUUAUUACCUUUCCAUGCUACCUGAUUCUAUUUGCAGCCUCAAAAAUUUGCAAUCCUUGAACCUAUCUCAAUGUCGUUUUCUUGAGAGACUACCUGGAUCUUUGGGCAGGCUUUCAAACUUACUGGAGUUAAAUCUGUCUGCAUGUAGUCAGCUUCAGGCCCUACCAGAAUCGAUAGGCAGCAUUGGAAGAUUGCAGACUUUGAACCUAUCGCAUUGUAGUGAUCUAGAGAGAUUACCUGAAUCUAUAGGCAGGCUACAAAACUUGCAGGUUCUGAACCUAUCACAAUAUAUUGAUAUUAGGAUAUUGCCAGAAUCUAUGUCCAACCUGGUGAACUUGCAGGACUUGAACCUAUCAUUGAAUAUUAUACUUGAGACAUUACCUGAAUUUGUUAGCAGCCUCCAAAACUUGCGGACUUUGAACCUAUUUCAGUGUUGGGGGCUUCAACAAUUACCAGAAUCUCUAACCAACCUCAUGAAGUUAGAGAUACUAAACCUUGUUGGGUGUGAAAAUCUUAGAGAGCUACCUGACGGCUUGUCAAACAUGACUAAUCUCAGACACCUGAGGAAUGACAAAUGUUGGUCAUUGAGAGGCAUGCCACGAGGGAUAGGGUGCUUGACUAACCUCCAGUCAUUGCCCUUAUUCAUCAUGAAUGAGAAAGGCAGUAGCAGAUAUAGCAGAAUUGCAGAGCUAGAACAUCUAAAUCUUCUUAGUGGAGACCUGCAAAUCCAGUGUCCCAUAAAGGCAAAGAAUCUAGUAGCAGAUGCCCAGAAAGCGAAGUUAAAGGACAAGAAAAACCUGCGGUCUCUAACCUUGUCAUGGAAGAGUCAUCGUUCAGAGGAGGUGGAGGCCUUACUGGAGAGUCUUCCACCCCCUCAGAAUUUGGAGGUCUUGAACAUAGAUGGUUACAUGGGCACCAAGUUUUCUAGCUGGAUGACAAACAAGAUAGAAUCAUGGCUCCCAAAUCUGGUCCGCUUAACACUAAGCAAUAUUCAUAUAUGUGAUUGUCUUCCAUCACUUGGGCAGCUACCAGCUCUUCAGUUUCUUGAGCUAAGGUACAUGAGCGGGCUCAGGUACAUGGAUACUGAAUCUUAUGUUAGUGACCCCAGAUUGAUUCCAUACCCUUCACUGAAGGAACUCCAUUUUGAGAAUAUUCCUGACCUAGAAGAGUGGCCAACUGCAGUGAUGGUGGAUAAUGGUGGGGGAAGACAUGAAGUAUUCAUGUUCACUUCUCUUAAAACUUUGACAGCAUCUGGAUGUCCAAAGUUGAAACCAAAGCCAUGUCUCCCAACAUCCAUUGUGGACCUGUGGGUGUGCAAUAACAGUGAGAUGUUGUCAUUGAGAUGGCAAAUGGGGCCAUCAUCCUCAGCAUCAUCAUCUUCACUUCUUAGGAGACUGUGGGUCAAGAACUGUGGCAUAUCAUCUGAUGGGUGGAAGGGACUGCAAUACCAUAAUAGACUUGAGGACUUGACAAUUGAGUCAUGUGAUGAGCUGAUCAGCUUACCAGAGAGUAUGCAAGUCUUUAUUUCACUUAAAUCACUGAAGAUACUGGCCUGCACCAAUCUGGCCAAACUGCCAGAAUGGCUGGGGGACCUUACAUCAUUGGAAACAUUAGAGAUCUCACGCUGCCCCAACCUGACGGCAUUGCCUCAGGGCAUAGAAUGCCUCACUGUCCUUAAAGAGCUAAUCAUUAGCUGCUGCAGCCCCUUGUUGAGGACGGAUGGGCUAAACAUCUCCCAUGUCCCAAAUAUCUUUAUUGAUUAAGAACUUCAAGAUUGCCAAGCGCGUGAAAACAUUGAAAAGAUUUGGUAUGAAUGAAUAGCAAUGGCAUAACAAAGUUUGAUACCAAAAUUGGUAUAUAGCAAGUUCUGGCAAUGGCAGAAGAGUCAGGCCCAUCUGGAGGCAUACUUCGUGCCAUCAGUGAGUGAUUGGCAACAUCGAUAGUUCGAUACAUGAUCUACCAAAACUGUGGGGGACAAUGAGGAUGGAAUUCUCAGCAAUUGAUGCCAUAUCACCCGUAGAUAUCAGAUAUGGAAAACGUUAUUUGAUGUCUGUGGAUUUAUGGGUUCACAAUUAAUCACAUAGUAGAUGCCGCUAUAUCUUUGAUACCUUACACGGUUGCUUUCUCAGAGAAAAUGGCUUCUGACCAAUCCAUUGCAUCUAGUGGCAUAAUCAAAGGUUGCUGUAAAGAAAAAUGAUUGUUGCAAUUUAUUUCUGAGUAUUAGAAGUUCAUCUCACAGAAUGAAGAAGAAGCUUAGGUUGGAUAAGAAAGCAGGGGACCAGUUGAUUGCUGUCGUUUGUUGGGAAACUUGGAGGGAGAGGAACGCUCAGUUAUUUCUGCAUACGAAGGGAUCUGUUUAUGUUGUGGUUCAGAAAAUCCUUCCAUUCUUCUGCAGUUAGAGCCAUCCUUGCACAACCAAGGCGGGAGACUCCCAUCGGUGCCUUUGGAAUAGACUUCUAUCCUUGGUCCACCUCAGUAGCUCUUGAAUGUGAAUGUGUUGCGUUUCUUUAGCCUUCCCCCUUGUCUCUUCUUCCUUGGACAAUGCUGUAAUGACUGUUAACUUCUCUCUGUUCACUCCUGUAAACUUCUCUCUUUCAAUAAACAGGAGGUGGCUCUUUCCAUCAAAAACAAAGAAAGUUCAUCUUUGUCUAUUGAUUGCUUGUACCUACAACUUCGACGUGAUGAAAGAUGGAUCUUCAGUUGUUCCUUAA